UCAGGCCAAAAUAAAUCCUCAAAUAGUAAAAUGGCUGCGGCCAAUCAGACGACAAGUACUCCUCACUUCGGUUGAAUGUCAUUGCACAUAAAUCUGAGUUCAUCAUGUUCUCGAAAAGGGUGAAAUGAUGGUGUCAUAGGUGUGCAAAAGUGUCGGCCAGGGAAAUCCGAAAACUUUGGGAAGUGAUUUAUCGCAGGCAGUGGAGGGGAGUGGGGCGGUUACCGUGCGGUUAAAUACGUCUCCUUUUUAUGGAUGACACUUGCUCGGUCGCCACCACUGUUGGCGAUUUGACAGGGUGAGAAAUACAAUACGAUAAGAAUUAUCGAGAGCAUCGACAAGUGAAUAAUGCCGAUCUGGAGAGUUGCAGUUGUCACUGGCGUCUGUCGACGAUUGAUUUUGCCAUCAAUAGCGCGUUAAUCAGGGAAUUCAUUGAAAAAUGAACAUAAUGAGGAAAUUGAGGGGUGGCAGCGCCUUGGGGGGAAUGGGCUCCAGUGGUACUGGAAGUGUAGAUGAUUGCAUGGGGGGCACCAAUCCUCAACACACUGCACUUGGACUCAUGCAUCUGAAGAAACUUUUUUCGGAGUAUACUCAUCCACCAACUCCACUAUCAGAGGCUGAGAAGGACGAUAAACUUUAUAAUAUGCUGCCACUUUUUUGCAAGGUAUUUGGUUCAUCCCCGUCAACAGACAUGAACGAAAAAUUCUGGGACAUCCUAGCCUUCACUCAGCAAGUGUCAAAGCUAAUGGUCUCGGCGAUUCGUAGACAUGCCUCCAAUCAAAGUACAGAAACUGCGAGUUGUGCAAUUGUAAAAUUGCUAGAGAUCGAGAAUAGUGAAGAGUCAUCCAACGGUUGGAUGUUGCUCUCAACGCUGAAUCUCUUAGCCGCAGGUGACACAUCCCUCAUUCAAGCGAUGACAACCGCUGCUGUACCCUCGACCCUCGUUAAAUGCCUCUACCUCUUCUUCGAUCUUCCGCCAAUGUCGGAUGCGGAUGCAGACACUCGAGACGCGGACAGUGAGUUUAGUCCACGUGAACGUAGAAUCCUCCUGCAGAAGAUAUUCGUACAGCUGUUGGUGCGUCUCUGCAGUCACCCAUAUCCUGCUGAAGAGCUAGCCCGCAAGGACGAUCUGACCCUCCUCUUCUCAGCUAUAACAACGGCCUGUAACCAGGACAACGUUAUGUGGCGUAAAAGUGCUGCUGAGGUUCUCAUGACCCUCUCACGUCACGGUUUAACCCAGAACGUUGUCGCCUACAUUCAUAAGAAGGGCUGCAUCGCCCUCUGCAUUGAUAACAUGAAACGUGUACCUGCAUUAGCACCCCUAGAGGUCGUCGAGAUGUUCGUCACGGUUUUCUGUUUUCUGAAGGACUCCAGUGAAGUAUCGCAAAGGCUGCUAGAUGACUUUAGAUCAUGCCAGGGCUACAUAUUCCUCUCUGAGUUUCUCCUGAGGCAUGCACCCUCGAGACUAGAACAGGAGGAGAAGGGCGAGGCGCAGGAUGCUAUAAGAAAUCUCGUUCUGAUGCUGGCAUCCUUGACAAUGUGUGGACACCUUGAGCUGAAGCCAUCUCAAGCGAGCAUGGGCUCACUGUUUCAAAUAAUGGGAUUCAGUUUACCUCAGCCCAGCAAUCGAGGUAGCUCAGUAAGGAACAUUCAGGCCUUUCAAGUACUUCAAUCAGUUUUUCUUAAGUCAAAUUCACCACUUCUUUGCUGUACUAUUCUCGAUGCCAUAUCAAGUGUUUAUCACAGUGACAAUGCCAACUACUUCAUACUCGAGGGACAAAAUACAUUAUCACAAUUUGCUGAGAAAAUACAUCUUAAAAAUCCAGAGAUACAGCAGAAAUUUUUUCAAUUACUCGAAUUUAUCGUAUUUCAGUUGAACUUUGUGCCUUGCAAGGAGCUCAUAUCUCUGUCGAUAUUACUAAAGUCAAAUAAUUCAGUCAAUUGUUGUAUAAUGUGUAUGGAGACACUGUUGAACAUACUUAGACAUAAUGUUAUAUUCAAGGAUGUAUACAGGGAAGUUGGUAUGCUUGAGGUAUUUGUUACGUGUCUUCACCGUUAUGCUACAUUAUUGAAGGACAAACAGUCGGCCAAUAAUCAGGGUCUUGAGUACAAAAUGUGCGCUGAACAGGAGAGAAUGGGAGCACUUGUGAUGGAGGCAUUGACAAUAUUGCUAGCUGGUAAUGUGCAGAACGCCAAUGUUUUUAGAGAGUGCACAGGUGCUAGAUGUGCGCACAAUUUGGUUCCACAUCUGGAUUGCCGACAUCAGGGUUUGGGAAUUGUAAAGGAGUUGAUACUGUCAGCUGGGGGAGACGAUGAUAUGGCAACACUUUUGGGAAUAAUGCACUCCGCGCCGCCCCAUACCCUUCUCCUUAAGACCCACAUAUUGAAGACGCUGUUGGUUUGUCUGAGGGAGUCCCACCGAACGCGCACAGUAUUUAGAAAAGUCGGGGGCUUUGUCUACGUAACGUCUGUAUUGGUUUCUUUGGAGGGACAGUUGGGCUCUCAGCCCCCAAAGCCGAUUGAGCCCUGCAAUGAUAUACCACAGAAGCGCCAGCAAGAUGAGAAUCAACUUUUGACUCUCCUUCAUGUUGUCUUCCACACGAUAAGUACAGCAAUGAGGUUCGAGCCGGCAAAUGCCAAGUUUUUUCAUCUCGAGAUAUGUCAGUCAAGCCUCUGCGACACUCUGAGACUCCUCGGGUGUUUCUCGUCGCAGGUGACACUUGAGGAUAUGAAUAUGAGGCCCUCCAUGAAUUAUCAUACCACUCUUGCGAGCCUUUUCAAUGGUAGUGUCGUGGAGCCCUCGUUUCCCCCAGAGAUGCCGAAAAAUUUAGCUUACGCUUGUCUCUUGAUGAGACUCCUGUACGACGUCGCCCUCGACACCUUCGAUAAACCGAAUUUCGCAGCAAUCGGCACGCGCUCCCCAUCCCAUCGACAAUCUUCGAGUCUGGAGAACCAGAAGUCUCUGGAUUCUCCAGGAAGUGGAAAAAGGGCAGCCGUUAGCUCUCUGAAUCUUAAUCCCCCAGUACCAGAGCCCAUUAUCGUUCAUCCGGGUAUCGUAGUAGGAAUGUUACACCUAGUACCGUCGAUAGAAGAACCCUCUUGUCCAGAGUUCGCUCUAGCCCUUCAGAUCUACGUAGCCGAGGUAAUAAAGAGCCUCGUGAGGACGGAGAGGAAUCAGCAAGUGAUGUGCGACUCAGGAAUGGCGGGGGAACUCCUGACUAUGGGGAGGAUAGCCCUGCAAGAUGAGUCCCAUCCGUUGCAUCAGCCCCUUCAGUAUAUCAUCGAGAGACUUGCGGCACAGUCCCUCGAACCGAAGGAUCUCCGUGAGUUCCUCAGACUGGGAGAUCCUCUCUGUUGCAUCUCCUUGGAUGAUAUCGAGCCGAACAAGCCAAGAGGUGGACCUGUUCCUCUCACUCGGAUAAAGACCCUCGUUUCUAUGACAACGCCCAAGGACUUCAGGGCUCACGGCUCUUGUACGCUUCCUCCAUUCGUUGAGUUUGACAUGAGUGCAGAGGGCUUCGCUUGUCUUUAUUUACCCAGCAUUGCCCCCCAGAGCACAACUCCUCCGACAGUCGUGUCAGCUGACAACAGCGUUCUUGGAGGAAUCGGCUCCGGGGACCGGCUAUUUCCUCCUCAGACAGGCUUGACCUACAGCACUUGGAUCUGUGUGGACAAAUUCUCCGACUGCAAAACCGAUCCUCACUGUGUCAGGCUGCUGACACUUGUCAGAAGCCCACCCUCUGGGGCAAGAGACCUCAUCUGCUUCGCAGCAGUUCUCAGCGCUCGGGAUAAAGCCAUCAUUGUGUCGACCCAAGAGACCACCAUGCCACAGAACAUUGGUGAGUGGGAGCCAGAGGGGAUUGGCGAGAGUGGAGCCCGUGUCUGGUGCCCUGAUCUUCUUCACGAGGGACAGUGGCACCACAUCGCCAUUGUUCUUAAUAGGGCGGUUCUGAAGAACUCCAGCUUCUCACUCUAUCUAGACGGUCAGCACAUACAGAGCCAGAAGCUCCAUUACAUCUCCCAAACACCGGGUGGUGGUGCUGCUAACCUCACAGUGGCAUCACCAGUCUAUGGUUACAUUGGAACGCCCCCUUGUUGGAGAAGAUACUCGAGAUUAACUUGGAAACAGGGCCCCUGUCAUCUGGUUGAGGAAGUAUUCAACUCACAGAAUAUAUUGACACUCUUUAAACUUGGUCCUCAUUACAUGGGGAGUAUGCAGGCACCUCAGUUCAUAGGCCCUGAGCCCUUCCCGGCACUUGUGGCCGAGGAGAAAGUCGUCUUCGGUUUAAAUGCCAAAGCGAUGUCACAGCUGACACUUGCGAAGAUCAGAAAAGUUUAUAGCAGAGCUGAUAACAAGGCCAUAGCUAAACAGCUGGGCAUGUCUUCUCAUGAGAAUGCAACCCCUAUUAGAGUUCUUCAUAACUCGGCGGGGCACCUCAGUGGUCCAGCCAGGGCACUUGGGGGAGUUGUCGUCGGAUACUUGGGGGUGAGGGUCUUUAAUCCUCGUCCUGUGGCGACGACGAUUGAUAAUGUCGGUGGGUGCUCCGUUCUCCUCGGCUUGAUCGCGAUGGCACAAGAUGUGGAGUCUCUGUACGCCGCGGUGAAGGCACUCGUCUGCGUUGUGAGGUCUAAUCAAGCAGCUCAACAGGAGAUGGAUCGACGGAGAGGGUACCAGACCCUCGCCAUGUUACUCAGGAGAAAGUGUCCUUUACUGAACAGUCACAUUCUUCAUCUGACGUUCAGUCUCGUAGGGACUGUUGACAGUGGACGAGAGACCAGCGCCAUUCCAAAUGUUACAGCGUUUCAGGAUCUCCUCUGUGAUUUGCAGGUGUGGCACGAGGCACCUGGUGAACUUCUCCGUUCAUUACUGGAGCAUCUCUACGAGCUUAUCGCCGAGUCCAAUGAGAAACGAACUAAUCUGAGACUUAUGAGGGAUCUUCAGCUCGUUCAUAAGUUGCUUCAUAUUCUCGGUGAAGUGAAGCAGAACUCCACGAGGCAGGUGUUGCUGGCGUUAUUGAGUAUUCUCCUGGCUCAGCCCAGGCAGGCGGAUCUCCUCUGGUUUGGUCAGUUCAUCGUAUCGACGCUGCCAGUUGUGCCGGAGAAGCAUCUCGUGCUGAGGGAGAACGAUGGACCGAGGGAGGGAGAGGGAGAGAUCAUUCUACUGAGAAAUAGAUGUCUCCAGAUCCUUCAUUCUUUGUUAUUCAAUGGUAACAAGGUCAACACCACCAUGUGCGACGAAUUAGCAAAGAUUCUGGGACUCGAUUGGGUUCUCCUGUUCUUGCAACCGGGCCUCCACAGUACGACAGUUGUCUGGGGCCUGCGGAUCCUCGUGGCGGUCUGCUCGAUUCAGCCCAUUCUCCAAAAAUUCAAGGACGGCACUAGUAAUGGUGGCUGGUUAAGGCACACUGAUCAUAAUAAAAUGGCAAUGGCCCUUGGUUGUCAGCAGCAAAAUACUCCUGGUGAGGUCAAACCUUCGGGCCUUCAUGUCCCAGGCUUUCAACAUUUGGGAUGGCUACUACCUCAACAUGUCGACCUUGUUCCAGAACUUUAUUUCCUCUUUAUAGCCCUGAUGAUGGGACAGCCCAUCAAACUACUGCCAGCUGAUUCCACACUCGAGCUUGACAAUAUCUGGAAUUUUAUGUUUGGAGUGGCUGCCAAUCAUUCAUUAUCAUCAUUCGCGUCUAGGAUUAAUCUCUGUCCAUAUGCUGUUGUGACACUCCUCGCUAUGGUUAGAACCAUGCUCAAUAUGCACUUCAAUUCACCGGAUGGUAUACCGGAAUGGCUGCAUGACUAUCCCGUAACCAUUAUUCAACUUUUAUUCUUCCUUUACCACACUUUUACGGACUUUAUGCAAGUGUUCAUGUCAGCUGAGGUGCUGGGUGCCCUGGCAGGAACACUAUUUCCGAAGCCCUCGAGUGGUUCACAGGACAGCAGUGGUGCCAGUACACCAGCUGAUGAUCAAGAACCAGUUCUUGUUAGAUCACCCUCCAAGGAUAUUGGAUUGACCAAUCAUUCUGCUAGAAAAUUCGUGAUGGACUUCCUUCGUGUCAUCGUCGUUGAUUCAUUAUCACUACCUGUCACUGCUAAAUCUCCGCGGGUCAUCGAUCUUGUCCUGGAGGCUUGGCCGGAAUACGCAUCCACUAGUCAACAAACUAGAUACCAAACCGAAAUUUUGUCGAUUCUCAUGGAACACCUCCUUGCUGCUGAUGUCCUCAUCGGUGAACAGGCGGCAUUGCCAGCGGUUCCUGGUGGUUCUACAAACAAUAUCACGGGUAAUGUCUGUUACGUAGCUGCUAGGAUAGUCGAUAAACUUUGGCAAGGAGCACUGGGAAAGGAUCCCCAUGAGAUCUUUGAUUUCAUAGUCAAGCUCAUUGGCCAAGCGAAGAGACGACCAGGAGCUGUCAGCAUGGAGGGCCUUCAUCAGUGCCUCAAUAGAACGAUUCUCUUUCUAUUAUCGAGAACAACAGACUCCAUCGCUGAUCAGAUGGCAGUACUAGAGGCACUUCACAAGCUAACGACUCAUCGUCUUCUUGUCUUUGGUGCUGGCAAUCACGAACCCGAAUUCAUCAGCUGUCUGACAUACUGUCUCCUUCAAUUGACAGCAGAUAUUAAGAUCAUGCUUGACACCAACAUGAAGACCACGUGGCACGUGAAUCCUCAGGUCGAGUCCAGUGAUGAUCGACUCACCUCUCAUCAGGGCCACAAUCUCAUGGCGGUGGCUGCUACACGUGUUUGGGAGGAGCUGUACGUUUGCAAGAAACCAGCCAUCGAGGAAGUCUUCAAAAUCACUCUCCCUCCACCGAUUGGAAACGAAAGGGCACCGGAGCUCUCAGUGGUGCGAGAAUUAGUGCACGAACAGGCGACAAGACUCUGGCUCAACUACGUGGUUCUGGAAAGGAAGGCUUCGUAUAGAGGUCCUUGGGAACUCCAUAAUCAGAUUCAAUCAAAGAUCCAGAAAGUAACGGGGGGUCUCACACGAUUAGCUAGUCGAACAAAAGUCCGGAAGGAGGAGUCUAUUAGACCGAGAUUGAGACUUCAUCAUAGCACAGUUGCUCAAUGGACCGAGCAACAUGUGGCUCUAGUUCGAGAGUUAGCAGCUUCUAAAAAACUCCAGCAGCAACAGACUUAUCAACACACUCAACGAUAUGUCUAUCAAGAAUGGCUGCAAACGGAAACCGAGUUGACCAGGGAGAGGGGUCUUUGGGGUCCACCGACCCCUACAGUUCUCGACAAAUGGAUGCUGGAUAUGACCGAGGGGCCCUGCAGAAUGCGCAAGAAGAUGAUGAAGAACGAACUCUUCUACAUUCACUAUCCCUACCGUCCGGAGCUAGAUCAUCCUGAUAAUAAGCAGCUGAAGUACAAGGUGGCAUCCAGCAACGAUAGCAAGGAGUACUAUCUGAAGCAGUUGGGGAACAACUCGGGAAUGUUUGAGAGGGAGCGUGAUCCUGUGAUUGAUGAUACACCUCUGAAUGUCAAUGAGGGAUCGACUGAGAGCGAACCACCGAUGGUCCCCUGUACCCUGGAGCGUCAUGCCAGCGAGCCUGACGAGACGACUGAGGAUAAUGAACAAGAGGAGGAGAAUCAGGCUGUGCCUGAUAAUCAAACGCUGUUGAGAUUACUCGAGGAACAUGAGAAAAUCAGCCACAUGUUCAGAUGCGCCAGGAUCCAAGGGUUGGACACGACCGAGGGUCUGUUACUUUUUGGAAAGGAACAUUUUUACGUUAUCGAUGGAUUUACCCUGCUCAAGAGCCGGGAGAUUCGGGACAUCGAGAGCCUUCCAGACGCCUAUGAGCCUAUUCUACCGUCUCCAGGAUCUCCCCGGAGGUCACGCGCCAUGCGCCAGUGCUCUAAGUUCAAUUACGAAGAUAUCCGGGAGGUACACAAGCGAAGGUAUCUCCUCCAGCCGAUGGCACUUGAAGUCUUUUCUGGGGACGGACGAAACUAUCUCCUGGCGUUUCCGAGAAAGGUCAGGAACAAGGUCUACCAGAGAUUCAUGACUUUUGCCACGGCCAUCGCCGACAGCGCACACCAGUCCGUCGCAGGACAAAAACGAACAGCCAAUGUGGAGCAGGCAACAGGACUUCUGUCCAAUCUCAUCGGUGAAACAUCCGUCACUCAACGUUGGGUCAGAGGGGAGAUCUCCAAUUUUCAGUAUCUCAUGCAUUUGAACACACUCGCAGGCAGGAGCUACAACGAUCUGAUGCAAUAUCCUAUUUUUCCCUGGAUCUUAGCUGAUUAUGACACUGAGGAGAUUGAUUUCAAUGAUCCAGCAACGUUCAGGGACUUUACGAAACCGAUGGGAGCUCAGAGCCCUGAAAGACUGCUACAGUUCAAGAAGAGGUACAAGGAAUGGGACGAUCCACACGGUGAAACACCACCUUAUCACUUCGGUACACAUUAUUCAUCUGCGAUGAUUGUCUGCUCGUAUCUCGUACGGAUGGAGCCAUUUACUCAGCACUUUCUGCGGCUCCAGGGUGGCCACUUUGAUCUCGCCGACAGAAUGUUUAACAGUGUCAAGGAGGCCUGGCUGUCAGCAUCAAAGCACAACAUGGCAGAUGUUAAGGAGUUGAUUCCCGAAUUUUUCUACCUUCCUGAGUUCUUGGAGAACUCCAACCACUUUGAUCUUGGAUCAAAGCAGUCAGGAGUUCAACUCGGGGAUAUCGUUCUCCCUCCCUGGGCCAAACAAGAUCCUCGUGAGUUCAUAAGAGUUCACAGACUGGCACUUGAGUGUGAUUACGUUUCUCAGAAUCUCCACCACUGGAUCGACCUGAUCUUCGGUUACAAGCAAAACGGUCCAGCAGCUGUCGAAGCUGUCAAUGUCUUUCACCACCUCUUCUAUGAGGGCAACGUUGACAUUUACAACAUUGAUGAUCCUUUAAAAAAGAACGCUACCAUCGGCUUCAUUAAUAACUUUGGCCAAAUUCCAAAGCAGCUGUUCAAGAAGCCCCAUCCCUGCAAGAAAAUGAGUGUAAGAACCUCAGUGAUAGAUCCUGGACCGAUAACCCCGGGCCUCAGCAUCACCGCCUCUGAUCGUCUCUUCUUCCAUAAUUUGGAUAAUUUAAAGCCAUCAUUGCAACCGAUAAAGGAACUCAAGGGACCGGUGGGGCAGAUCCUCCACGUUGACAAGUCUGUUCUCGCGGUGGAGCAGAAUAAAUGCCUGAUACCCCCGUCCUUCAACAAGUAUGUCGCUUGGGGCUUUGCUGAUCACUCCCUGAGAAUAGGAAACUACGAUUCUGAGAAGGCAAUAUUCGUUUGCGAGGCGAUGAUGCAGAGUAGCGGAGAGAUUGUCGCCUGCGUAUGCCCGUCUUCCAAGCUGAUUGUCACCGCUGGUACGAGCUCAGUAGUGACGGUCUGGGAAUACUCGAAGCGUCAGUUAUCAAUAAAGCAGUGUCUGUAUGGUCACACUGAAGCAGUCACCUGUUUGGCGUGUUCUCCAGCGUACAACGUCAUCGUGUCGGGUUCUCGAGACGGCACAGCCAUCAUCUGGGACCUGUCAAGGUGCCUCUUCGUGAGGCAGUUGAGGGGCCACGCUGGGCCAGUGGCUGCUGUUGCCAUUAACGAUCUAACGGGGGAUAUCGCCACUUGUGCGGCAACAUGGCUGCACGUGUGGAGCAUCAACGGGGAGGAGUUGGCCAGUGUCAACACUUGCGUUGGUCGAGCUGAUAGAAUGCAACAGAUUCUCUGCGUAGCUUUCAGCCAAACACAUGAGUGGGACUCACAGAAUGUUAUUAUGACUGGCUCCACUGAUGGUGUUGCCAGAAUGUGGUCCAUGGAUUACGUUCAAGUACCUGCUGAGGAGGAGAAACCCGAGGAGAUUGUCGUGAAGGAGACCAAACGCCAGCCGACUGAGGAGCAGAAGAGAACUCAGAACACCAAGAAGAGGGUUCAUGAACUCGUUAAACAGAUGAGCAUUUCUGCGGAGGAGUCGGGAAUGCUGAUGAAGAGUGGAUCUGAGAGUAGUUUAUCGGAGACUGAGAGCUCCAAGGAAGCCUUCAGGGUUCACGAGGAGAAAGAGGAGUGCUCUGACAACGAGUCUAGCAAUGGCUCCGGUCAUAAGAACUCCUCGAGAAAUGCCCAAUCACCGACAGUUGUUCUGAGGAGAAAGAGUCGGGGGAAUCCGAUGUUUAGGAAGAGCGAGGGUGGUGGCAGGGCAGACAGCGAGGGGACACGAGGAGAUGAAGCCAGCAGUAGUGCUGUAGACUCAGAGGGGGCUCUCAGAACCAGUAAGAGCGACACCAGUCUCACUGAUAGCUUUGUUAUGGUGAACGAAGCUGAUACAAAACCCAAGAGGAUUAAUCCUCAGAAUAUAUUGAGGGAGGGCUUCAAGUGGCAGAGACAACUCGUCUUCAGGAGCAAGUUGACAAUGCACACGGCUUAUGACAGAAAGGAUAAUGCUGAGCCCGCUUCCAUUGCUGCUCUUGCUGUCUCGAGGGAUCACAGGACUGUUUACGUGGGCGAUACCAGGGGACGAGUUUUCUCGUGGAGUGUUUGUGAGCAGCCUGGAAGGACUGUUGCUGAUCACUGGUUGAAGGAUGAAGGGGCUGACGCUUGCGUUGGGUGUGGAGUCAGGUUUAAUAUUUAUGAGAGGAGACAUCACUGCAGAAAUUGUGGACAAGUCUUCUGUUCAAAAUGCAGCAGAUUUGAAUCGAAAAUAUCAAGGCUCGGAAUACUGAAGCCUGUACGUGUUUGUCAGGGCUGCUACGCCUCGCUGAGGUCCCAGAAUUCAAUUGAAAGCAACAAUACCUAAUACCUGAUUUCCAAAACCUGAUUUUUACGUAGUUAGAUGAUUCUAAUGAAACCACCAAAUGUCCUUCCAGAUGAGUUUAUUAUCGAGGCUAUUCCAGUCUACGUGAGUAUCAUAUUUUCACAGAGUUCAUUGAUUCAUUCAAUCACCACUGUUUAUUGAAAUUGGAUUCCUUCGAUGUGAUGAUUUUUCAGUUGUGGCCCUGUCGAAGAUUGAUAAAACAAUGUUUUUCUCACCAUUAUUUCUCAGAGAAAUAUAAAGAGAGAUAGAUAGGGAUCGUUGAUAGAUGAGCCUACAGAAUUAUUUGUUUUUAUUCCCCAUGGGGGUGACGUUAAUCGUAUUUCUGUACAAUGUAUAAUCAUGAAUGUUAGGAUUUAAGAGCUGAUGCAUUACUUACAAUCUGUGAUUUUUUUACUCGUCUAGUAACGAAUUUAUUUUUAAUAAGUUUUUUAAUUUUAUUUUAAUCGUGGUUAAAUUUAAUUCAAUCUAAUUGGUUAAAUUUAAUUUAAUGGUUUAAUGGAGAAUUAUUAAUUUAUGAUUCGUGGAGGUUUCAUUGAUUUAUUUUGAAAAUUUUUACUCCUUUUAGACAUUUAUUUUACUGGAUUUAUCACUCAUUUCAAGACACUGUGCUAUCAUAGACAAUACCAUAUUUGCAUAAGAUGUCUGAACAAAAUAAUAAACCGAACAAAUAUGUUAAGAAAAAUUCAUCCAAAAAAAAAAAAUUCCAUAAAAAGCAAAAAAAUUAGGGGGAAAAUUUGAUACAAAAAAAAUUAUGAGAAUGAGAAACGUAAACGGCUUAGACUAGAGCUACUGUACGUGUGUAUAGAAUUUAAUGUCGAAUUAUGUAGACAAUAGUGCAUAACAAUCAAGACCUAUUGAGACAAGUGUUAUUUGAUGAGAGGGCUUGGGGAAUUUUCGCUUGACAAUCGAUUAUCGAUAAAUGAAUUUUACCAUUCAUCGAAGAUUUCUGAAGCCAAUUAAUUCUAAAUGAUGAUAAAUUAUUUGAGAUUGAAGUAUUAAUUAACGGUGUGCCCCGUUGCAUCAAAGAGAAGCCAAAUGUAUCACAGAAAAAAGGCUGAAUCAGUGCUGUAUAAAGAAAAUUAUAAAACACGAUCAAUAUUCUCUAUUGUUACAUUAUGAAUUAGUUGAAUUGAAUAUCUUAGGUGAGGUAUAGUUGAUAGAGGGGUUCGAGAGAAAUAAUUAGUGAAUGUUUAAGCCCAAAGAAUAGUGGAGAUCAAUAUAAAUGGAUAAUUAGGCAUACUAAGAGAAAAAUUCAGUCAUUUUUGCGUUGAUUGCAUUUUUAUGCUCAUCUUUUUUGACAUUAAUUAUGAUGAAUUGACAUUUACAAAAAUUUUAUUGUUGGAGUUGAGAGAUUGUGAGGAUUUUUCAUCGACAUACGCAUAUUUUACUGUGUAAAAUUCAUUCGAUAUAAAGGCACAGUAGGAUAGUUUCUAGUCACGAGUGUGUGUCGGCGCCUUUUGUAUGAAUUUAUCAGGUUGAUUCCAGGUCAAACGAGUUCACGGCUGACCCUCAUCCUCUCGGAAAUUCAUCUCGAUUUUUUUUACCAUUGGAGAGCGAGAGAAAUUCUUUCUUAAUAUUUUUCAGAUUUUUUUUAGGCUAUGGAAUUAAAUUAUUCUAGUUUUAGUCAUCCAGUUUUUAUUUAUCACACGCCUGAAUUGUCGAUUCAGCAUUAUUUAUAAAACUAUUUUGAGUGUUGAAAAGAAUAGGGAUCGAAGAGAAUGAAAAAUAUUUAAAUUAAUCGGAAUAAAUUUCAGGAAUGACGUUUUUAAUUCGUAAAUUGUUGCAUGAAAAAUCUAGAUCGAUCUUCAAAAGCAUGAGCCAUUGAUUGACCCAUAAACAAAAAUUUAUAUUUUUUAGAAGUACUCAAAAAAUAUAUUGAAUUGGAUCAAUUAAAAUUUUUAAAAAUAUAUAAAAUAUAUGUAAAAUGUAUUUUAUAUGAUAAAUAGAAAAUUGAUCCAAGUUACAUAUAUUUGUCAUAAAUUUUUCCAUGAUAGCUUUUGACGUGGAAAAUCUCGAAUACAUCCGAUUGAUUUUUUAACCAGAAAAUUAACAAAUCAGUAUGAAUUAUUGAUUUUUUAGGAAUAUUUAACAGUAUUAUAAAUUGAGUUUAAUAUAUUUGGAUUGUACAUAAGGAUACAAUUUUUAUUGCAUCUCGAUACUAUUAGUUUGUUUUCAUAAAAAAUUAGAUAAUUGAGGGGUCACAUUAACUAUGUAUUUCUUCAUUAAUGAGUUCAAUUAAUUGUGAUAUUCCAUUUGUUUUGUCCAUAUAUAAUGGUUUUAGUAUUGGUUACAAAUUGAGGGCAAACGUUCUUUUCUCAUACUUGUAGCAAUGGUACAUGUGAAUAAUAUACGAUACCAGCUGAGAGAAUGAUAAAUAAUAAAAGUCAACUAAUUUGUUACAUUAAACAGAAAAUAAACAAAAUGAUUUUGAUUAAUAGCCACUGAAUAUCUUGAAGUGUAUAUAAUGACGCAAGUGAUUGAAUAAUAAAAAGGAAGUUAUGGUUACAUAGCACCGGAUGGCUUUUAUCGUCCAGACAUACAGAGCACGAUCAGUAGAUUAUAAAUUGAUUAUAUAUGACAAAGGAAAUAAAAAUGAAUGAAAUAAAUAUAUAUUAUACAUGA